UAUUUUUCCAGCAUAAGCAGCUAUUUUGGUUCGAAUAACAAAAGCAGAAAUUCACAAAUCUAAAGCCUACUAUAACAACGAUGGCACCAAAUCUGUCUGGUGGUGCCAUAGAGGCCAUUAUUAAUGGAGAGUCUCCAGAAAAACCAAUUCUUCAAGUUGUUAGUUUUAAAAAGUUAGGUAGUGGAAAUGCUGAAAGAUAUAGAAUCAUGUUAUCAGAUGGAGACCUAAUUUACUCUCAUGCUAUGUUAGCCACACAGUUAAAUGAAUUAAUGGAGAAUGGUAAAGUUGAUAAUAAUUGUGUUAUACAAGUUGAAAGAUAUCUUUGUAACACUGUGCAAAAUGGAAGGAGAGUCAUGAUAGUUCUAGAUGUAAAUGUUCUAGCACCAGGUUCAAGUAUUGGACAGAAGAUAGGAAAUCCGCAAGUUUAUAAACCUGGAAAUGAAGGUGGACAACAAGUUAAUGGUAAUGAUAAUAAACCUGACGUCAAACCAGCUGCCCCCAUCAAUCAGAGUAUGAAUAAACCACAGAGUAAUUACAUGAACGGUUCUAUGACUAAUAACAAUAAACCUGGUUAUAGUAUCAAAGGUGGUGGAAAUGCUAACACAGCUAGUCCUUCAUCUACCAGAGUACAUGCUAUAGCCAGUCUGACACCAUAUCAAAAUAGAUGGCGUAUUCGAGCGAGAGUAACACAGAAAUCAGCAGUUAAAACAUGGAGUAAUUCAAGAGGGGAAGGAAAGUUAUUCAGUAUCAAUCUAUUAGAUGAAUCAGGGGAGAUAAGAGCUACAGGUUUUAAUGAUGCCGUAGAUAAGUUCUAUGAUAUGCUUGAAGUCAAUAAGGUAUAUUAUGUCAGUCGAGCCACAUUAAAAACAGCUAAUAAACAAUAUUCUAACGUGAACAAUGAUUAUGAGAUGACCUUUAACCCUGAUACUAAUAUUGAAGUCUGUACAGAAGAUACUGAUUUACCAACCAUGACUUUUGAUUUUGUAUCAAUAUCAGAACUAGAUAAACAUCAACCUAACAGUAUGAUAGAUAUUAUUGGAGUAGUUAACAAAUGUGGAGAAGUUGGUACAGUUGUUGGUAGACAGAGUCAGAAAGAAAUAACCAAGCGUGAUUUAACAAUAGUGGAUCAAUCUGGUGUCAGUGUAAACGUUACAUUAUGGGGAAGUGAUGCAGCUCAGUUUAAUGGUGAUGGAAAUCCAGUUGUUGCAGUGAAAGGUGCCAGAUUGUCUGAUUAUGGUGGACGUUCAUUAUCUGUACUUGCCAGUAGUCAGAUGAUAUUAAAUCCUGAUACAAGAGAGAGUCAUUUCUUACGAGGAUGGUAUGAUAGAGAGGGACAGAGUAUGAACUUUGAUAGAUUUACCAGUGAUAAUGCAUCAGGUGGAGGUGGUGGAACAAACUGGAAGAAUUUCUCUCAAGUGAAAAGUGAGAACUUGGGUCAAUCGGGAAAAGCUGAUUUCUUUACAACUAAAGCUACAAUUGUUUAUAUGAAAAAAGAAAAUUGCAUGUAUCAGGCAUGUCCUACAGAUCAGUGUAAUAAAAAGGUGGUAGACCAAGGUAAUGGUUUAUACAGAUGUGAAAAAUGUAGCAAAGAAUUCCCUAAUUAUAAAUGGAGAAUGAUUUUAAGUGCAAACUUGGCUGAUUUUUGUGAUAAUCAGUGGAUUACAAUGUUUCAAGAAUCAGCAGAAUCUGUAUUGGGAGAAAAGGCUGAUAUUAUUGGUAAUAUGAGAGAACAGAAUGAAAACCAGUUUGACAUGUUGUUUCAAAAUGCAUUAUUUAAAUCUUAUGUAUUUAAACUGAGGGCUAAAGUGGAAACAUACAAUGAUGAAAAUCGAUUGAAAACAGUAUGUAUGUCAGCUACACCAAUGGACUGGGUUGAAUAUGGAAAUCAUUUGGUUCAAGAUAUAAAUAAACUUACUUCCUAAAAACAUGGAUGAUACUAACUUGUAAUUUGAUUUAUUGUGAUCACAAUCUCUUAUUUCUUCAAUGAUGGUCAAGUGUGUUAGAUCAACAAAGACUAUCUAAAGAUAUGGAUGCAAUAGCAUAUAUUUUGUAAAAUUCCAUUCCAUUUCAAUACUUCAAGAAUGAUGAGAGUUAAGCAAGAGUCAGAUAACAAACUAAAUUUAUGCAUUCUCGUCAAAAGGACAAGGACAAAAGCCUAUCAGCAUAAAAAAAAAACUGGCUGAAAAUCAUUAUUUUUGUUUUUGCAUGUAAAUAUUGGUGUCUUCAGUUAAACUAUAAUUUUUCAAAAAAUGGAAAUUAUGAAUAACAAUUUGUAGAAUGUAAGUACUACUUAUAUUGAUAGUGCAAAAAAGUGCUGUUAUAUAAAAGAAAAAAAGUGGAAAUAGUGUUUUUUUUUAUUACAAUCUUUACCAACCUAUUUUAUUGACUACUCAAGACCCUUAUGAAUUUGCCUUUCUGUGAUUUCUAAUAAAGGCCAGAGAGAAUUUCACCCUU